GUUAUAAUAGAAAAUUUUCCAUUGUUUUAGUUAUAACAUAUAAAAAUUCAAAUAGUACAGCAUGAAUCGAUUCUAAAAUAAUCCAUUAUUUUUUAAGGUUCUACUUGAGUGUAAACCAAAUUAAAAUGUUUUUUAUUAAUUUUAACCUGAUGUUUGGCUACCUUGUACCCAAAUGUUUAUUGUUGACAUUAUUUUUAGGGAAGGAGGUAAUCUGUAUUUUUCUUGGUUGUGCCAAAUAAAGUUUGAUUUGAAGACAACUAAUGAAACAAUAAUACCAACUAUUUUGAAAUGCUAAUAAGUACGAAUUAUGACUGCAAGUGAACGUUUUAUUUAUGCAAAGCCUCGUUUGUGUCAACUUAUCGCAAGAAAAUUUCGGAAAAUAAUUAUUUGUAAUGACUACGAUAAAGGAAAUUCUUUACGGCACACAGCCAGUUUUCAGAAGAAACUUCAUACAAGAAAAUAUGAAACACCUGCGAGACAUGCAGAAUUUUCAUUCAAAUAAACUUGCUGGGAUUCCGACUGAGAGAUCAAACAAUGUGCGAUGCCAGUCCAGUAAGCCUAGAUCAAAGAGCUCACAGCCUAGAGGCAGAGAUCAGACGGCUCGAACCUCAACGAAUAGAAAUGAUAGACCAGCAACCUCAGUCGGUCCAAAUGUUGCAAAAAAACAGCUUGAUGUGAAGGCAACGUGUAGAAGAAGUGCGGGUACCUUGCCCGUCAAUCGUGCCAAAAGUCCAGCUGCAAAAUGUGUGCCUCAAAUCGAGAAUAUAAUUUUAAGUCGUAAGCUGGAGCCGUUCAGAACUAACCGUCAGGGUGGUAGCUUGGUCAAGUGUGCCAGCUGCAAGAACUUGGUUGCUGGAAAGGAAAGAGAUCAUGAAGCAGUCUCUCUGACCCGUGCCACAACUUACAAGGAUGGCUCAAGCCAGACACUGGAUACGCACAGUGUAGAAGAGAUUUACAAGGAAGGGGUGGUAGUUUAUUCAUCGUUCUGCACGUUGACAAAGGAGAGGCUAGCUCUAGAAAAGCCUACCCGCGUAGACUCUGCUAUUCAGACUGAUAAAGAUCACAGUUCUGUGGGCGUUUGUGUAAAUUCUCAAGAUUUUCCCACCGAUCAGAACCCCACCGAUCCCGUUGAUCAGAUCAACAUUCAGGAAAUUAUCAAAGAUGAUUGCAAGGAAAAUAUACAGGAUCAUCGUGGUGUUACUGUGAACAGUAGAAAGAGCAGUGCCAAACAGAAAAGCUUGUCAACUCCAAAAGACUCUUCGAAACCACCUGCUUCUUACCGGAAAGGAGUAGUGCCAAGGUACCUGCGAGAGCGCCAGCAGCAGUGGCAGAAAGCCAUCGAAGAGGAGCUCGCCAACACGCCCGACCCGAGCUGCCCCCCGGGCCACGUCCUGCUCCCAGAGGAGGAGCGCAAGCAGACGCUAGCCAUGAUCAACAGAGAUUACGCCCGCAUGGUGCAGGAACUGAACAUGAUGCCGGUGCGAACGGAUACGCUACGAACGCGCCAGAGGAAAAUUGAACUUGAGCAAAAGCUAACAAAGUUGGAAGAAGCCAGCAAAGUGUUUUCUCGACCGAAAGUUUUUGUCAAAGUUGGGGAGUAAGAGGACCGUGCCUCAUGAUGGGAAUGUGCCAUUAAACAGCAGUUUUUGCUGUAUGUGAUAUUCGUACUAAGAUAAAAUGAUAGAUCAUAUUAAAUUUUAAUAUUUUAAUUUAUUAAGUAAAUAACUAAAAAAUAAAUUUUCAACUAGCUUAAGCUUUA